AUGCUACCGGUGACACGGCCCGAGGGUCAUAUGAGCCUCAAUUAUAUUCCUACUACCCAACCCAUGUCUGGGACUUCUACUGGUCGCAGUUCUCCAAGUGAUUCGUCCGCAAAUGCCGCCAUUAAGCCUCCAUUUGGGUCGUCUACUAGUCUCAAUGGUACUGCAGGCUCAAUUGGAAGUGCAAGAUUAGGGGCUGGAUCCCCGUCUCACGAACUUGGUGCCCGCUUAUACUCAAAACGUGCACGCGAGAUACAAGCGGAAGAAGGCGUCUCUCCGUUUUGGGGUCCUCCAACCAGCGGCCAUUCUACCCCUCUGCGUGAAAAUAUUCCCGAGUCACCCAGCCAGGAGGGUUUUCCGGACCUCGUGCCUCCUACAAGUAGCUCUGUGAACGGGCCUGCACGGAGAACUCGAGCUGGCACAGUCCCGUCUCGAUUUUCCCCAGUCGGCGUUCUCAACGAGGCGAACCUUCAGCAGCCUUUUGUGUCCCAAACUUCCCGACCCACGCCUUCGACCAGCCCGUUCAGACCCACUGGUGUGUCUGGUAUCGACACAGGCAUCAAGCCUCCGACAACCAUGGGUGGCAGCGGCACGGGUAAUCUCUCCCGCCUUCGGGCUGGCUCAAUGCCGCAACGCACCAACUUCCUGGGGUCUUCAGGACCAUUCGGCCCGUCACUAUUCUCCACGAACUGGGGCUCCGGCCGUGAUCGAGCAACAACCCUUACCAGCAUUAGGUCUUCCGAGGGUCCGACUUCGCCUAGUCAAUCGUCCUUCUCGCGAGACGGACUCACAGAUAGUGAUGUGAAGACUUUGGACUAUCUUGGUCUCGCAGAAACCCCGCAGCAAGCUCGGGCCAAUCUUGUACGACCGUCCGUUGACGUUCUACUCCAACAGCAGCAACAACAGCAGCAGCAGCAGACGUCCCUUCCUCCGCUACUUGCUGAGCUAGCGAUGAUAAAGAACAACAGCCGUAUCCGCUCUUACUCGGUCAAUGCAAAGGAAAAGUAUGCUGAUGAUGAAGACCUCGAGUACGAAAGUCGCUACUCACAACUCCCCUCGGGAACUGUUACACCAUCCGCAGCCGCCACAGCUGCCCAGUUGGCCGCAACUCAAGCUCAGAUUCAUCAACAUAACCUGGCAGUGCAGGCGUUUGCAAACCAUGCGACAGCUAAUCGACCCCGCGCGAGGACAGCAGGCGUUCUCGAAGCUCCUCCGCAGCGAUCAUCCAUUCGCAAUUAUCUUGCAACACCGUCGCGUCUGGAAAAUAGUUUCAGUGCUGCCGAUUUGAACAUUGCCGAAACUGGUGAAUAUGAUGAUCUGACAGAGGCUGUUCAAAUGAUGCAUCUAGCUGGAGGCGGUGGCGCCAACAUGGGAAUUCGCACUACUACGGACCUGGUUGACGAGAACAACCAAGAUGGCCCAACUCGAGCCCUCUGGAUAGGCAGUAUCCCCGUUUCCACGACUGUAACAUCUCUGGAGGCUAUUUUCAGCAUGUACGGCAAAAUUGAGUCCACGCGUGUACUGACCCAUAAGAAUUGUGGGUUUGUCAAUUUUGAGCGUAUUGAGAGCGCUGUCCAAGCCAAGUCUUUGCUCAACGGAAAGGAAAUCUUCCCUGGUGCUGGUCCUGUUCGAAUCGGAUACGCCAAGGUGCCUGGGUCAUCUAACGCUGGGACACCUGGAGUCAACGGUACCCAACCUUCACCAACGCCAGAUCCGAAUUCGAAAUCGACUGCCCCCGAUGUGGAAAAAUUCAGCGGCGGAACCAGUGUUCCUCAGCUACCUUCGCUCCCUGAUCUCCAGCUUGAAAUGAUACAGAUUGUCAAAGAAUUCGGGGCAACUGACGAUGACGCCGCCAAGAUUACCGCGAAUAUUCAGCAGGCGAUUGCCUUUCAGGGAUUCAACGACGAGAUUCCGUCGAUCCCUGAACCGAACCAAACUAGAAUGUUUGAUGCCCCUCGCCUUCGUGACAUUCGCAAAAGGAUCGAUAAUGGAGCCUGUUCAAUUCAGGAAAUUGAGGAGACCGCGGUGGCAAUGCUCCCCGAAAUUGCGGAGCUUGCUUCCGAUUAUCUAGGUAACACUGUUGUUCAGAAACUAUUUGAGUUCUGCUCCGAGCCUACGAAAGAACAAAUGCUAGUCCCGAUCGCACCUCAUCUAGGUGAAAUUGGCGUGCACAAGAAUGGUACCUGGGCAGCACAAAAGAUCAUUGAUGUUGCCAAAACGCCGAUGCAAAUGCGGAUGAUCGUUGACGCUCUUCGACCGUAUACUGUACCUCUAUUCCUGGACCAAUACGGAAACUAUGUCCUCCAAUGCUGCCUGCGCUUCGGGUCCCCCUACAAUGAUUUCGUGUUCGAGACUAUGUUAAGCCGGAUGUGGGAGGUCUCGCAAGGUCGAUUUGGAGCUCGAGCUAUGCGUGCCUGUCUAGAAAGCCAUCAUGCUACGAAGGAUCAACAACGGAUGCUCGCAGCAGCGAUCGCUCUCCAUAGUGUGCAGCUCGCCACAAAUGCCAACGGCGCUCUAUUGCUUACUUGGUUCUUGGAUACCUGCACCUUCCCCCAUCGUCGUACUGUGCUGGCGCCGAGAUUAGUUCCUCACCUAGUGCACCUCUGCACACACAAGGUUGCGUAUCUGACGGUUCUUAAAGUGAUCAAUCAACGGAACGAGCCCGAGGCUCGGGAAAUUGUGUUGAAAGCCCUAUUUUUUAGUCCAGGGGACGAGGUGCUGGAGAAGAUCCUGAGUGACCAAACCUCGGGUGCCACGUUGAUUUUUAAGGUUCUGACAACACCAUUCUUUGAUGAGUCGAUGCGAGCAGAAGUCGUAAAGAACGUCUCGAAAGUUCUUACCAAACUAAAAGCCACACCAAGCCAGGGUUACAAACGUUUAAUGGACGAAGUUGGUCUUUCUGCUCGGGGUAGCUCUCGUGAUAAUCAUCACGGUCGUGAGAGUACCGGCCACGCUUCUAAUCCCGAGAAACAGCAGCAUCGGCCCACUUCCCGACAAGCGUCUUCCAAUUAUUCAUCGCAGCCGUCCAUGGAUAGGCAAUAUAGCGGGCAGUUUCCCACCAUGAAUCAAAACCUUGAUGGCGCGCGGUCUUUGCCAACCGAACAGUCCCAGAAUCCAGGGCAAUUUGAGCCUUACCCUGUCAAUGGCGUUGGUGGUCUUGGUUCUGCCGGUGCCAUGAAUGGUUUGAAUGGGGCCGGCUUCGGUCAGGAUCCUAUGAUACCUCUCGCACAACAGCAGAUGCAGUAUCAAGCAUAUCUUGCAGCGCAAUCUCGGGGUGUAUCACCAGGUGGUCUCUAUCCGCCUCUGGGAAAUUCUAACUACGGAUAUCCCCCUGGAUCGGACAACCUUCGAGGCAUGCAAAGCCAACCUGGUCCCAUGUCAGGAGCCCCAGGCCAAAUCAAUCCGGGGCCAUUGCUCAACCAGUCACCUUAUGCUCCCCAACAAUUCAGCCCUGUCAUGGGCACAGCCCAGAUGUAUCAGUACCCCCCUCAAUAUUACUCUCAAGCACCCCCUGUACAAGGACAGCCGUCCGGGGGACGACGCGGACGUCGCUGA